AUGGCUCCAAACCGUAUCGUUCCAAUUAUGAGUGAAAGUACUUUCAAUUUGCCUCGCCUUGAAGAUUAUGAUAUAAGUCCAUUGAGUGGGUUUCUUCCCUCUACUCCACCAUUACAACGUCUAACUAAUCCUUACUAUGAGCCAUGGGAAACCUUGAUUGAUAUAUUUCAUGAAUUGAUGUUGAUCGGUCGUUUAAGAGAAUAUGUUAAAAAGUUGCCGAUUUUGAAAACUGAUCGCCUAGAAACUAAAGGAGAAUAUCGUCGUGCUUUCUUAGUUUUGUCCUUUUUAGCACAUGGAUAUGUGUGGGGAAAGUACGAACCAAUUUCAGAUAGGUUACCGGCUAAUAUUGCCAUUCCUUGGGUGAAAGUAUCAGAUUAUCUUGAUGUCGCGCCAAUAUGUAAUCAUGCUGCAGUCGUGACAUGGAAUUGGCGCUUACUAUUUUCAAAUGAACCGUUUGAUUUAAACAAUCUUGCUACAUUAAUUACGUUUUCAAACACGUUGGAUGAAUCUUGGUUUUACCUAGUUACAACCGCCAUUGAAGGAUUCGGUGGACGCGCUCUUACGGGUAUUAUGACUGCGAUUCAAGCUGUUUAUGAUGGUAAUGACGAACAAUUGAUUAACGCGUUGAAAGUUAUCAGUUCCACUAUUUUUGAUAUUAACGCAACCCUACAAAGGAUGUUCGAAAAAUGUGAUCCGUAUGUCUUUUACUGGAAGGUACGACCAUACCUCUCUGGUUGGAAGAAUGAAGAUCUUUUGCCGCAAGGGUUAAUUUAUGAGGGAGUAGAUGAAGAUGACGAGAAUGGGAAUCCGACUUAUCGGCAAUAUAUAGGAGGUAGUGCAGGUCAAAGUGCUUUAAUCCAAGCUCUUGAUAUUGCGCUUAAUAUAGAACACUAUCCAACGGGAGUUAGACCGAACGCAAAUGGACACACAUCUUCAGAGAAUGGCCAUUUUUAUAAGAAUUCUUGUCACCAUUAUUCCUCAUGUCUUAAUGGAUACUCUCAAAAACACGAGAUUCAUCAUUAUGCAACUAAUGGACAUACUAAACCUCAACAACCUUACCUUCACAGUAUUCGCCAGAAUAUCCCAGGAAAUCAUCGUAAAUUUCUUGAAGACCUUGCUAAGAUAGCAAAUAUUCGAAAUUAUAUAAUAUCCAAUGCUAAUUACGAUUCAAGUACUAAUACAUCAUUAUCAGACGAAGAUGAAGACGCGAAAUUAUUACGCGAAACUAAGGAAGCUAGUGAUUUAGUUAAGGCGUAUAAUGAAUGCUUGAUUCAAAUGAAAAAUUUUAGAAACAAGCAUUUACAAAUUGUGAGCGUCUAUAUUGUAAUUCAAUCACAUAAAAGAGUUGGUGGUUUGCAUUUCAACGCAAAGGAAGGCACUCCUACUGUAAAUAAAGGACAAUUGACAAAAGAACAAGCGUCUUUAGCUUUCGGCUACGUUUCCGUAAAGGCUCAUAAACGACAUCGCAUAAACCCUUCAACAAUAAGACCUAAUAUGCAUCCACCUUCGGAUAGUUCGGACCCACUUUUAAGUGAGCUUCAUGAAUUCAAUAAUCAAUUGCAGAACAUGUCAAGUCAUCUCACUCUUGGAGAAACAGCAUCCGUAAUAACCACGGUAACUGAUACUUCCCCAGAAGUAAUGGAAUUAGAUGGAAAUGGAAAAGCUGAUGAUGACAACAUGUCUUGGACGCAUUCACAUACCCAUCACGGUGAUGACCAAUCAUGUUUUCAUGGAACGGUCGGGACACCUGAUGAUUUAAGAGAAGCGCAUGGUGGUCUAAGCGAAAUUAUGUUCAGCGAAUUACCAAAUUUGAAAAAUAUUGGGCUCUGUUCUCUUGGGUUGGUCAAAUUGUCUCCAAAUAUCUGCUUUCUAUAUAUUACAAAUUGUCUGCAAAUAUGUUGUAAUGAAUUGACGGAAAUACCGGCAGAAAUUGGAUAUAUGAAAAAUCUGACAAAACUCGACUUGUCCAAGAAUAAAUUGAAAUACAUUCCUGACACGAUUGGAUUUUUACAUAAGCUAGUUGAACUUCGAUUAUCAGAAAAUCAAUUAACUUACAUACCAUCGUCUAUUGGUUCCCUCAAAAAACUUGGUACUUUAUUGCUUGAAAAUAAUAAGCUUACCGAGUUACCACCUGAAAUUGGAGAAAUCAAGACGCUUGUGAAUUUGGAUGUUCGUGAGAAUCCAAUUACGGUUUUACCCGCCGAACUUGGAAGGUUACAGUAUUUACGUAAACUUCGUACCGAGGAAUGUCCAUUAAAAUCAGAAUUUGUGCAUGACAUUACUCAUUCUCCACCCACGCUUAUGGAACUCGCCGCACGCACGAUCGUUCGAAAACAGAUUCCAAUUCUUGAGGAUACAACAGAGCAUUUGAAAGAUUAUCUUGCUAGCGCCAAAAAAUGUAGCUUUUGUUGCGGUCCAUACUUUGAAAGCUUUGUGAAAAGAGGAAAGAUCAUUGAUAAGAAUGAGCAUCAUAUCCCUCUCGAGUAUAGAUUGUGUAGCCCACAUUGGAAUACCGAGCAAGAACGAGUUAGUUUAUUGUUUUGCGCGUUACCGGAUACGGCACCUAGUUCCGAGCCAUAUAAGCAUCCAAAUCUUAGCGACCCAACUGUAACAUCUGACUGUAAUGCGUCCGUUGUGAGUGUCUCGACUUCAUUCGACCCACGACAAAAACUUCAACGUUCCUCUUCACGACGUUCCAUGACCAUCCCUCUUAGCUCCCUUACUAGAUCCCCCUCUUUACCAAGUCUACCGAGGUCAGCUUCUCCAAGGCCUUCAAGUCAAUUAGGAGAUGACCGUCCACAAUUUUGGGAAAACCUCCGUUUAGCAAUUCAGCUUCGCGUUUUGGUUCGAGAAGGCGCAUAUAGUAUCGCUUAA